CGCCGGCGAGCCGCGCUCAUUCCUCAGACGGGAACGAGACACGGGACGUGACACGUGCGGCGUUAGUGAAGAGAGAGAAGGAGAGAGAGUAACCCAAGAGUAUCGUAUUUGCCUGGAUAUCCGCGGGAUCGAAUCCGUGCCUUCGAUCGCGGCGCGAGUCCAACCCCCCGUCGAGUGAUUUACACAGUGACGAGAGACACGAGAGAGUGCUGCCCGGGCGAAAACAUGGCCGACAGUGGUAUCAAGCGCAACAUUCCCAUCAAACUCGGUGACUUCAGCGUGAUCGACACCGAGUUCUCCAACAUACGCGAGCGCUUCGACGCCGAGAUGAGGAAGAUGGAGGACGAGAUGUCGCGGUUCCGCAGCGAGCUGAUGAACCGCGAGAGCAACAACUUCUUCAAGAGCACCACCAGUCGGCACCACACGAGCACCAGCGAGCACCACACGUCGACGACCUCGAAGAGCGAAGGUUGGGACAAGGUCGACCCCGCAGCACCGUCGAAGCGGUCCGCGUUCGACAGCUUCAAAAGCACCACCACUCAGCAACAGACUCAGAACAGCAGUUCUCUGAGUCCGCAGCACGAUCAUGCCUGGCUGGACGGGCUCAACAGUCCCCUCAUCCAGGACGAGGGUGACAGCAAGAUGCUGAAGCUGCGCUUCGACGUCUCGCAAUACACGCCCGAGGAAAUCGUCGUCAAGACUGUGGACAACAAGCUAUUGGUCCACGCCAAGCACGAGGAGAAGACGGAGAGCAAAUCUGUGUACAGAGAGUACAAUCGGGAAUUCCUGUUGCCGAAGGGAACCAAUCCUGAGAGCAUCAAGUCUUCCCUGAGUAAGGACGGUGUCCUUACCGUCGAGGCACCCUUACCGGCGAUUGGCUCGGGCGAGAAGUUGAUUCCGAUCGCACACCAGUAAUCUCUCCCCCUCCCUCUCAAGUGACGAAUUGCGGAAAGUCGAUUUCUAAUUUUCUGCCUCGAAUUCCUCCCACCAUCCGACUUCCUCAAAAAUUGGACCUUUCCUUCGUAAGUCCUCAUAUUCUUCUACUAUUAUCUAUUAUAGUAACUUAAAGAAGUUGAUCCAUUCGCGCGAGAAAGUUUGACCAAUUUUAAAUGGAUAGCUGAAAAAGCGACCACGCCAAGUGCCUGGCUGCGUGUCGACUUUCGACGAAAGAUUAAAAAAGAAAAAAAGAAAUCAAAAGUAGAGCAAUGUUGGUGAAGUGCUAUAAAUGUCAAAAAGAAGCUAAAAAAUGUGUUUGAUAAAAUAUCUUUUUCCUUUUUCGUA